UGAGUUGGUUUGAUUCAGCGCUGUGUAAGAGAUUUUAAACUGUGUGCCUCAGCGAUAGAGCUUGCAGUGGCAAGGCUCUGUCUGGUCUGAAAUACAGGGUGAAUAUGGCUAAAUAUUCUUUUUUCUGUCCAGUCCUAGAAUGACUUGAUUAUUGUGUCUAUACCUGCCCCACCUCCUUGUAUCUGGUUAUAUCAUAGCCAGAUAUGGAAUAAUUCAUUCUAAUUGUGCUGUUUUAGACUUAUCUCUUUUUGCAUCAACAUGUACCAUCCAAAUCAGGUUUCCGCAUAAGGAGCUUCUAGCAGAGCCAAGAAGGAGAAAGGAAGGGGAGAAGAUGAGAAAUAACUGUGUAUUACUCACUCGUUAAUUGCCUGGAAUAUCCCCCUGGUUUGAGAGCUCUGCGCCCUAAACCUUGUGCUGUGCUUUACGCAAGGGGAAUUGAGCCCUGGGGGCAAAGGGUGUUACUUUGGAUUUCAAGAAUCUGGUUAAUAGGGCUUGACUUCUUUCUGCAUCUUUGCUUCUGGAGUUUAGGGCUAACACCCAAUGGGCUUGUAUAAGACAAUACAAAAAUGUAUCGUUUAUCCCGUUCUUGGUAUGAGCUGAGGGCUCUUAUAGGGAGGGAGGUUUUCCUUCCUGAUGAGGUGCCAAACCUACAUACAGCCCCUGACCCACCCCAGGGGCAGCAGUGAGCAGGAGAAGCCGAGUCCGUAGUGGUGACCUUUCUUGCUGCAAGAACUACUGUGCAGCCCCUAGGAGACCUCCCUUCUCUCCCUGGGGAAAUAGAGAACUUUGCUCCUGGCAUCUGCUGGUGCCUGUUCCGCCUCUACACAGGGUGGAGUCUGCUGUGUUUUGUUUGUUCUCUGUGGGGCCUUUUAGAAAGCAGCUUUAGCUUGUGGCGAAGAGUUUGAAAGACUUUAAACAGUAGAAAUGGGUGAUAGAGAGCAGGAUAGAGAUGUGUCCGAAGUCGUUUUCCCAGGCGCGCGUAUUCUUUUGACUGAAUGCGGAUUGAUGAUCAGGUUGCCAUAAUGAAGCUUUCUGUGGGAUUUAUCACAUACAGCUGAGCUAACACCAGCAGCAGCUUUAAAAUCCCCAGUCCCCCAGGUGAAGAAACUAGCCAAGAAGGAGCCUUGAAAAUCGCCCCAGCCCCUCUGAGCCCUUAGGUCCUCACACAGGAUCUUUCCGCCGAUGCUGAAAGGCCCGAGCUUUGUCCCCUGUAGCUUGGGGCAGGGAGGAGGGUUGUUUUCCCUGAACAUGAUAAGGAGCUGCGCGGGGCAGAGUGGGAGCUCGGGCUGGCGAUUGGUAGACAGGAUGCCCUGGAAUGCGGUUGGCUUGCAGCCCAGAAUCCAGCACUUUGUAUUUGUUUGUUUCUGGGAGACUGUGGUCUGGUGCUACUGUGACAGGAAGUGGGGAAGCUGGGAGUGGGGGAGCCGAGAGGGGCGAUGUCUUUGUGGUUCUCCUGUGAAAUCUCUUUGUCCCUGGAGAGCCGCUCCGCUGCCGGGCUCUACUGAGAAGAGAGAGCCUUUGUGUGUCUAGUGGGUCUCGGGGCAGCGAGCUUCUCCAAGGGCCGGGGAGCGCAAGUUGUGACUGUGGCCUUUUGCGUUCAGCACUCGCCUCUCUCCUUCCUGCUUCCUCCUUGCUGUGGUGGCUGGGAUGCUUCUCCCAUGACACUUUGGAUCUAGCCUGGGCUGUUUUCUGUUAAACCAAUCAGUUGCGACCUUCUCUUAACAGUGAGCAGUGAGGGGCCUCCUCCCUUCCCCCCUCCCUCAGUGGGCCAUCUUCUCUUGCCCUGCCCUCACCUCCAUGGACGACUCGGAGGUGGAGUCGCCCGCCAGCAUCCUGGCCUCCGUGAAGGAGCAGGAGGCGCAAUUUGAGAAGCUGACCCGGGCGCUGGAGGAGGAGCGGCGCCACGUCUCGGCGCAGCUGGAGCGCGUCCGCGUCUCCCCGCAGGACGCCAGCCCGCUCCUGGCCAACGGCACGCUCACCCGCCGGCACCAGAACGGCCGCUUUGUGGGCGAUGCUGACCUUGAGCGACAGAAAUUUUCAGAUCUAAACCUCAACGGACCCCAGGAUCACAGCCACCUUCUGUACAGCACUGUCCCCAGGAUGCAGGAGCCGGGGCAGAUUGUGGAGACCUACACGGAAGAGGACCCUGAGGGUGCCAUGUCUGUGGUCUCCGUGGAGACCUCGGAGGACGGAACCACUCGGCGCACAGAGACCACAGUCAAGAAAGUGGUGAAGACGGUGACGACACGGACGGUGCAGCCAGUCCCUAUGGGGCCCGACGGGCUGCCUGUAGACGCCUCGUCGGUGUCGAACAGCUACAUCCAGACUCUGGGCCGUGACUUCCGCAAGAAUGGCAACGGGGGCCCUGGUCCCUACGUGGGGCAAGCAGGCACGGCCACCCUCCCCAGGAACUUCCACUACCCGCCCGACGGAUACAGCCGCCACUACGAGGACGGGUAUCCCGGGAGCGGCGACAACUACGGCAGCCUGUCGCGGGUGACCCGCAUCGAGGAGCGGUACAGGCCCAGCAUGGAAGGCUACCGGGCGCCCAGCCGGCAGGACGUCUACGGGCCGCAGCCCCAGGUCCGGGUGGGCGGGAGCAGUGUGGAUCUGCACCGCUUUCAUCCGGAGCCCUACGGGCUGGAGGACGACCAGCGCAGCAUGGGCUACGAUGACGUGGAUUACGGCAUGAUGUCCGAUUACGGCACGGGCCGGCGGACGGGGACGCCCUCGGACCCGCGGCGGCGCCUCAGGAGCUAUGAAGACAUGAUUGGUGAGGAGGUGCCAUCAGACCAGUACUACUGGGCACCUCUGGCCCAGCACGAACGAGGGAGUCUGGCAAGCUUGGACAGCCUGCGCAAGGGCGGACCCCCGCCCCCCAACUGGAGACAGCCGGAGCUGCCCGAGGUGAUCGCCAUGCUGGGGUUCCGCCUGGACGCCGUCAAGUCCAACGCGGCUGCCUACCUGCAGCACUUGUGCUACCGCAACGACAAGGUGAAGACGGACGUCCGGAAGCUCAAGGGCAUCCCAGUGCUGGUGGGAUUGUUAGACCACCCCAAAAAGGAGGUGCACCUUGGAGCCUGUGGCGCUCUCAAGAAUAUCUCUUUUGGGCGUGACCAGGAUAACAAGAUUGCUAUAAAAAACUGUGACGGUGUUCCUGCUCUCGUGCGAUUGCUCCGAAAGGCUCGUGACAUGGACCUCACUGAAGUGAUUACUGGAACCCUGUGGAAUCUCUCAUCCCAUGACUCCAUAAAAAUGGAGAUCGUGGACCACGCGCUGCACGCCUUGACGGAUGAAGUGAUCAUUCCCCAUUCGGGGUGGGAGCGGGAACCUAGCGAAGACUGUAAGCCACGCCACGUCGAGUGGGAGUCCGUGCUCACCAAUACCGCCGGCUGCCUCAGGAAUGUCAGCUCGGAGAGGAGUGAAGCGCGCCGGAAACUUCGGGAGUGCGAUGGGUUGGUGGAUGCUCUCAUUUUCAUUGUCCAGGCUGAGAUUGGACAGAAAGAUUCGGAUAGCAAGCUUGUCGAGAACUGCGUCUGCCUCCUUCGGAACCUGUCCUACCAGGUUCACCGGGAGAUCCCGCAAGCAGAGCGCUACCAGGAGGCGCCUCCCAGCGUCGCCAACAGUACCGGGCCACACGCUGCCAGCUGCUUCGGGGCCAAGAAAGGCAAAGAUGAGUGGUUCUCCAGAGGGAAAAAACCCACAGAGGAUCCAACAAACGAUACAGUGGACUUCCCUAAAAGAACCAGUCCUGCUCGAGGCUAUGAGCUUUUAUUUCAGCCGGAGGUGGUUCGGAUAUACAUCUCACUCCUCAAAGAGAGCAAGAAUCCCGCCAUCCUAGAAGCAUCAGCUGGGGCCAUCCAGAACUUGUGUGCUGGGCGCUGGACGUAUGGUCGAUACAUCCGCUCAGCUCUGCGUCAAGAGAAAGCUCUUUCCGCCAUUGCUGACCUCCUGACCAAUGAACACGAGCGGGUUGUGAAAGCUGCAUCCGGAGCCCUGAGAAACCUGGCUGUGGAUGCGCGCAACAAAGAGUUGAUUGGUAAACAUGCCAUUCCUAACUUGGUCAAGAAUCUGCCGGGAGGGCAGCAGAGCUCUUCGCAGAAUUUCUCUGAGGACACUGUGGUCUCUAUUCUGAACACCAUCAAUGAAGUUAUCGCUGAGAACUUGGAGGCUGCCAAAAAGCUCCGGGAGACCCAGGGUAUUGAGAAGCUGGUUUUGAUCAACAAAUCAGGGAACCGCUCAGAAAAAGAAGUUCGAGCAGCCGCGCUUGUGUUACAGACAAUCUGGGGGUAUAAGGAGCUGCGGAAGCCACUGGAAAAGGAAGGGUGGAAGAAGUCAGACUUUCAGGUGAGCCUGAACAGUGCUGCUCGGAGCCAGGGCAGCCACCCCUACGAUGACAGCACGCUGCCGCUCAUCGACCGGAGCCAGAGAGCAGAUAAGAAACCUGAUCGGGAAGAAAUUCAGAUGAGCAGUAUGGGAUCAAAUACGAAAUCGUUAGAUAACAACUAUUCCACACUCAAUGAAAGAGGGGACCACAACAGAACACUGGACCGACCCGGAGAUCUAGGCGAAAUGGAGCCACUGAAGGGAGCACCCCUGAUGGAAAAAUUAGGACUUUUGAUUCAUGUUGAGAUUUCUUGGACUGUUAAUUCUGUGGUGGUCGAGAUGGGAGAAGCAAGGACGAGGGGCAGGAAUCUCUGGAGGAAGAGUUGGAUGUAUUGUUUUUGGAUGAUGAGGGGGAGCCCAUGUCUUGCCCUCCCAUGCAGAAGAUUUAGCACCACUCUCUCCGCUACAUCCGGGCUUAUAAUAUAUGUACUUUUAUUUUUUGGUGGUGAAAUGGACUGAUGAUUUUCCCUUUCUUCGCUGGACUGUUGUGCCAACUGCCAGGCUGCCUCCUGCCUUGAUGGCCCUGAAGUGGCUGCCUUCUUUCCAUCAACUCCCUAACUGCUUCCAGUGAAGCUUAAUUGUCCCUCUUCCCCCCUGCAGACCCCUCCAGUCACUCCCGAGAAGCCUGACUCAGUUAUAGACAUAUUUUGAGAAACUGCUGCAGAUUAGCUCUUUUUGCCAGCUCUCCCUGGAACUCUUGGCCUUGGUGGAGGGAGGGAGAGAGUGGGAACCUUCACUGGAAACCUUGGAAAGAACCGGAAGUUACAUGCUAUACAUGCCGUGUCCAGCAAUCUGAUAAACUGAUGAUUCUUAAUCAAGAUUUUUCUUUUCCUGGUGGGGAAGGGACUUUUUUUUUUUUUUUUUUUUUUGAGAAUGGAAAGUGUGAGCUCUUCUUUUAUUCCUAAUGACUAUUUUUGAAGCAAAGAAGGCCGGCAACAUUGGCACAUCCCACUUGGCAAGGGCCCUUGAGUAAGUGAAGGUUUCCUAGAGCGGAGAAUAAGAGACCUUGCCCUGAUCCUCUGCGGGGCGGGACCACCCAAGGACCUGCACCCCCCAUCUCUUCCCCAAGCCUCCUGCCAACCCCAGCUGCCGCGUAUGCCCCCGCUGAGGCUGUCCCAAACCCUCCUCUCCCAGUCCGUGGUAAUGUCUGCUGACUCGGUCUGGCUGUUUGCAAGAGGCUGUAGAAAGAGGAGAACGUGUCAAGGAAGACUUUUUUGGGUGCAAAGGAGCAGAAAGAUGUCUUUGGGGAGGAGAAGCGCCUCUGGGAGGAGCUAGUAGGAAUGUACAUGAUUCGCUUAGUCCGAAACUGGCAGGAAGCUUCCCAGCUGGCUCCCCCUGCCCUGCUGUCUCCUAUCCUCACCCCUGCAGCCCCGUCCUGCCCCCGGUCCCCCCUGGACUGGCUGGCUGACUAAAGGACUUGAUGUACAUACUCCUGCCCCCUCUACCCUGAAAAGGUGGGGUUCGCCCCUGGCUCUGCCUUGUCUUUGUGCCUUUGGCCUGGGGUGCAUCUCCUCCUUCCCUUCCAUGUGCCUUUCUUUGCCUCUGCAGUUUCAUUUCUCAUGAUUUUGCAAAUUAUACUUUGUUGCUUUUUGACCUACUGUUGGCCCCAAAUAGCAGAAAGAAGAGAAGGGACCUAGAGACCCUCCGUCUCUCCACUGGGAAUUGGAACAGCCUCUGACUUUAGCCAUAGAAGGUUUUUGCUCAACUGUAUAUGUUGGGGUUUUGCAAAAGUCCUGUUCUGAUGAGUCUCCAGAUGAGGUUGGUUGCCCAGGAUCACCGUCACCUCUGAAGGGGUGACAGGGAAGGCGUGUCCAUCCCCGCCUCCUGCCCCGCCCUGCCCCGCCCCUUCCCUCCUCCUGUUAGUGUAUAUUUGCAGGUUGGGCUAGAGGAAUCGGCUGCAAUGCGGUUGAUUUUUUUUUUUUUUUUUUUUUUUUAAAAACCCUGUCCCUUAUUUACUUUUUACUCCUCCCCUCAAUCUAAAAGCGCUGUUCAAAUGCAACUGGAAAUCUUUAUUCUCCUCUCUCCCCCUUCCCUAAUAUAUUGAGGCUUUGGGGUAGGAGAAAAGUGCACAACCCACCACCCCCCCUCCCCUUCUCCUAUGCAUUAAAGUUCCUUAUUUACCCCUUUGCCUCCUCACUUUACUUCCCACUCCUUUUCUGGCAAAAAGGAGCCUCUUCCUGUCUGUGACUAAGCGUACUGCACAGGGGAGACCGCCCCGUCCAGCCCUGGCUCCACUCUUGGUUUCUCGUCUUUUUCUGCUCUUUUCCUGGUGCUCUUUUUGUCGGUGGGGUGUGGGUAAUAGAACAGCCAUAGGCUUUUGGGGACCUUUAACUGUUAUUUUCUUUUCAUUUAUUAAAACACUAAACAUUCAAUUUCAGAGAACCAAAAAUCCCACCUUCCCACCGAACACUGAGGGGCGUGUCUUCUGCCCCAGACCUUUUCUGUUUUUCUUUCUCUCUUGUUAAUGCUUUUAAAAACAAAUGAGUUUUUUAUAUAAAUAAAGUUUUUAAAGUGUGUA